GGCUACAACUGGAAGCUUUAGAGACUCCGACCGCUCGUCUCCUCAGCUAAGAUGUUGGCCUGGCUGAUGCUCCUGGUCUGUGCGCGGAUGGUGCAGGGUUUUGACAAUGGUUUGGUGUCCAGCAGCUGUGGUAGUAUGACCCCCAGCCACAACAGUAAUAGUCCCCAAAACAGUCAGGCUCCUUACUCCAUCAGCGUGGACAACAGCACCUAUACAGACGGACAGGCAAUCACAGUGACGCUCACUGCAAACUCGGGCUCGUUUAAAGGCUUCCUGCUGGAGGCUCGAGAGGUUGGAGGCAGCAAUCCCAUGGGCUCCUUCACUUUAAUGGGCACCAAUACUCAACUACUGGCAUGCUCUUCAGAGGCUAAUAAAGCUGUUUCUCACACGUCAGCAUCCUCCAAAUCACAAAUUCAGAGUAAGUGGAAAGCGUCUGCAUCAGGAAACAGCAAGAACAUUGAAUUCAGAGCAACAGUUGUCAGGGAUUUCUCCACCUUUUGGGUGGGAGUGAAGAGUGCAGCGGUGACCUACAGUGGACCAAAGAUUCCAAUUGACUCUGCCUCAUCUGGGUCUUCUACUCAAUCACCAGCCAACUCACGAUCGAGUGCCAUAUCGAAUUCUGGUUGUGGGAGCACUAAGACGUGCUUCAGUGACCCCAGCGGCUGUGACCCCUCCUCAAACUCUAAGUGCUACUUCAUGUCCGCUGCACAGUCUGCUUCUGGAGCUCCGUACAAGUUUGAAAUCGUCGGCAGCGCAGACGGCUACGUCUCCAUUGGCUUCUCCGACGACCAAAAGAUGGGUAACGAUGAUAUCUAUAUCUGUGGAAAGGACAGUAAUGGCAAUAUCCAGUUACAGCACGCUUUCUCCACCGGAACUACAACACCGGGCAACAUCACACUGGGGAACGUCUCAGGUUUCAAUUCGUCACUGAUUAAUGGGGUGAUCAGCUGCUCCUUCACCUCUGGAAACCCCAUCAGCACCACGCGGAGCUCCUCCUCUCAGAGCAGCUACUACAUCUUCCUCGCCUACGGCGAGACCCAGACAGGUGUGAUCCAGGGGCACCGCACCACCCCCUUCAUCAGCAGCUCGAAAGUGGACCUGUCCAGCAACCAGAGCCUGGGGAGCAGAGAGGAGUUCCCCCCCAUCGUUAAAGCCCACGGCUGUCUGAUGCUGAUAGCGUGGAUGACCACUGGCAGUAUCGGCAUGCUGAUCGCCCGCUACUUAAAGAACGCGGCUAAGGGGACCAAGUUCUGUGGCAAAGACUUCUGGUUUGUGGUGCAUGUGUUUCUGAUGAUUCUCUCCGUUGCUGCCACCAUUAUUGCGUUUAUCCUGGUGUUUUCAUACGCUGGGGACUGGGCCGGGGGAGUUCAUCCUGUACUGGGCGUUUUGGUGAUGAUUCUCAGCCUGGCACAGCCAAUCGCUGCCAUGUUCCGCUGCGGACCCCAAAAUGAGAGGAGGUACAUUUUUAAUUGGGCGCACGCCAUCAACGCCCUAGCCAUUAAAGGACUGGCAGUGGCAGCAAUCUUUACAGGCCUAGCGCUGGUGGACAGUUCUGAACAGCAGUGGCUUCCAAAGGUUAUGGGGGGGUUCGUGGCCUGGGAGGCAUUUUUCUUCUUACUCCACGACUUCCAACAGAGAAAGAAGAAAAAAGAUGUCAUGGAUCAGGACUCAGACCGGACGAGAACAGAAAGUCUUCUCUUGGUCACAUUCUUCCUCGGAAACAUCGCCUUCUUGGUGGCUUUGCUUGUUGGAAUAGGCAACUCGUAAUGUCUGGCAGAUGAGGACCACCUCAACCAAAUCCAACUCAAAUGUGCAAUUUCCUUUUACUCUGAAUAGAAACUCAGGAAUUCUGUUUGUGCUGUAGUGGAAAGGGGUUAAUCUGCUCAUCACGAUAUGUUAUGAGCUGCUAUGAUAUUAUUUCUGUAUAGACCUGGGAGUUUAACAGUAAAUGGUCUUAAACGCUGGAGUUAAUGUAGAACUGCUGAUUCACCCUUUAACCAUGAAGAU